AUGACUCAUGUAACAGGUGAGGAAGUGAAGGCCAGGAGGCUGAGUGUCACAGAGAAGACAUGGACUCUUCUUCUGUCUCCUCAGGUGUUUGUGCUCUGCCAUGGCCUACUGCAACUCUGCCAGCUCCUGUACAGUGCCUACUUCAAGAGCAGCCUCACCACCAUUGAGAAGCGCUUCGGCCUCUCUAGUUCUUCUUCCGGUCUCAUUUCCAGCUUGAAUGAGAUCAGCAAUGCCAUUCUCAUUAUCUUUGUCAGCUACUUUGGCAGCCGGGUGCAUCGUCCUCGACUUAUCGGCAUCGGGGGCCUUCUCCUAGCUACAGGUGCCUUCUUCCUCACCCUUCCACACUUCCUCUCGGAGCCUUACCAGUACUCCUUGAGCAACUUCGGAAACAGCAGCGACUUCCAAGCUGAGCUCUGUCAGAAUCACAGGCAAGAACUGCUUCCCAAUAAAUGCCACAACACCAACCAGGACACCCGGAAGGAGACCAGCAGUAUGUGGGGCCUGAUGGUGGUGGCCCAGCUGUUGGCCGGCAUCGGGACGGUACCCAUUCAGCCGUUUGGAAUCUCCUAUGUGGAUGACUUUGCAGAGCCCAACAACUCACCCCUGUAUAUCUCCAUCCUGUUUGCCAUCUCUGUGUUUGGACCAGCUUUUGGCUACCUGCUGGGCUCUGUCAUGUUGCAGAUCUUUGUGGACUAUGGCAGGGUUAACACAGCCACAGUUAACUUGAGCCCCAAGGACCCCCGAUGGAUUGGAGCCUGGUGGCUGGGCCUGCUCAUAUCUUCAGCCUCCUUGGUUGUCAUCUCUUUCCCUUUUUUUUUCUUUCCUCGAGCCAUGUCCACAGGAGUCGAGAGUUCUGAUCCUAUCACAGAUGAAGCAAGGAAGAUGGAAGGGGUCAAGUCACGGAGGCCCCUGAUGGAUUUCAUUAAACGGUUCCCCCGUAUCUUCCUGAAGCUCCUGAUGAACCCGCUCUUCAUGUUGAUGGUCUUGGCCCAGUGCACCUUCUCCUCCGUCAUUGCUGGUCUCUCCACAUUCCUCAACAAGUUCCUGGAGAAGCAGUAUGGCGCCUCCGCAGCCUAUGCCAACUUCCUCAUCGGUGCUGUGAACCUCCCUGCUGCAGCCCUAGGAAUACUGUUUGGAGGGAUCCUCAUGAAACGUCUUGUGUUCUCUCUGCAAACCAUCCCCCGUGUGGCUGCCGCCAUCAUCACCAUCUCGAUUAUCUUCUCGAUCCCUCUCUUCUUCAUGGGAUGUUCCACCCCAACUGUGGCAGAGGUCUACCCCCUCAGCACAUCAAGUUCUAUACAUCUGAAGCCUCCUGCCUGCCGCAGGGACUGCUCAUGCCCAGAUUCCAUCUUCCAUCCUGUCUGUGGAGACAACGGAAUCGAGUACCUCUCCCCUUGCCAUGCCGGCUGCAGUCACGUCAACAGUAGUUCUGUGGCCACCAAACAAAUGAUCUAUUUGAACUGCAGCUGUGUGAAUGAAGGAUCCGGUUCCGCAAAGACAGGGUCGUGUCCCAUCUCCUGUGCCCACUUCCUGCUCCCAACCAUCUUCCUCAUCUCCUUCGUGGCCCUGAUAGCCUGCAUCUCCCACAACCCCCUCUACAUGAUGGUUCUGCGUGUGGUGAAUCAGGAAGAAAAGUCAUUUGCUAUCGGGGUACAGUUCUUACUGAUGCGCCUGCUGGCCUGGCUGCCGUCUCCAGCCCUAUAUGGCCUCACCAUCGACCAUUCCUGCAUCCGGUGGAGUUCACAGUGCUCAGGGAGACGAGGGGCCUGCACCUACUACAACAACGAUACAUUCCGAAACAGGUACCUGGGCCUGCAGGUGGGCUACAAGGCACUGGGCGUGCUGCUGCUCUUCUUUGUCAGCUGGCGAGUGAAGAAGAACAAAGAGUACAACGUGCAGGAGAAGGCCGCGGGCCUCAUCUGA